AUUCUUCAAAACCCUUAAAAUGGCUGUGAAUUCCGGUUCUUUACUGUUGGUUUUGACAUUGUUGGUUGCCUUGUCCACUCUUUUUGAUGUCUCGACCGCACUAGGUGGCCGAAAGGCUAAGGAAUCCGACGUUGGUUUUAAGCCUUUAGAUCCAAAAGACCCUAAGGUGGUGGAAGUGGCGAAGUUUGCAAUCGAUGAAUACAAUAAAGAGGCUAAAACCAACUUGAAAUUCCAACUUGUUUUGAAGGCUGCAUCCAAGGAGACAACUUACACUCUUAUUAUUGAGGCUAGUAAUGGAUCUAUCUUGGAUAAGUAUGAUGCCGUGGUUUCAUUGAAUGGGAACUCUAAAACCCUCGUUGCCUUCAAAAAACAGUAAACUUUAAAUUUUGGGUGAU